AUGGGCACGGUGCUGUCUCUUUCCCCCGCCUCUUCGGCCAAGGGCCGGAGGCCCGGCGGGCUGCCCGAAGAGAAGAAGAAAGCGCCGCCCGCGGGGGACGAGGCGCUGGGGGGCUACGGGGCGCCGCCAGCAGGCAAGGGCGGCAAAGGCGAGAGCCGACUCAAGCGGCCGUCAGUGCUCAUCUCGGCGCUUACCUGGAAGCGCCUGGUGGCCGCGUCUGCCAAGAAGAAGAAAGGCAGCAAGAAGGUGACGCCCAAGCCGGCGUCCACUGGCCCCGACCCCCUGGUCCAGCAACGCAACCGCGAGAACCUUCUCCGCAAGGGCCGGGACCCCCCAGACGGCGGCGGCGCCACCAAGCCACUGGCGGUGCCGGUGCCCACCGUGCCCGCGGCCGCCGCCACCUGCGAGCCGCCGUCGGGGGGCAGCGCGGCCGCCCCGCCGCCGGGUUCGGGCGGGGGAAAGCCGCCGCCGCCGCCACCCCCAGCCCCGCAGGCGGCGCCCCCGGUGCCUGGCGGCUCGCCGCGGCGGGUCAUAGUGCAGGCGUCCACCGGCGAGCUGCUGCGCUGCCUGGGCGAUUUCGUGUGCCGACGCUGCUACCGCCUCAAGGAGCUGAGCCCGGGCGAGCUGGUGGGCUGGUUCCGCGGAGUGGACCGCUCGCUGCUGCUGCAGGGCUGGCAAGACCAGGCCUUCAUUACGCCCGCCAACCUGGUGUUCGUGUACCUGCUGUGCCGCGAGUCGCUGCGCGGGGAUGAGCUGGCGUCGGCCGCCGAGCUGCAGGCCGCCUUCCUCACCUGCCUCUACCUCGCCUACUCCUACAUGGGCAACGAGAUCUCAUACCCGCUCAAGCCCUUCCUCGUGGAGCCCGACAAGGAGCGCUUCUGGCAACGUUGCCUGCGCCUCAUCCAGCGGCUCAGCCCCCAGAUGCUGCGGCUCAACGCCGACCCCCACUUCUUCACGCAGGUCUUUCAAGACCUCAAGAACGAGGGCGAGGCUGCCGCGGGCGCCGGGGGUCCACCCAACGGGGGCGCGCCCGCGGCCCCCGCCUCCUCCUCGGCCGCCAGGGACAGCUGCGCGACCGGAGCCAAGCACUGGACUAUGAACCUGGACCGCUAG